AUGACGCAAAUGAAAGCUGCCCGAGUUGUUAGCACCGGUAGCAAAGCGAGCUUAGAACUCCGUGACGAAAAUAUACCGACUCCGGGUCGCCAUGAAGUUCUGAUCAAGGUCCACGCAGUUUCACUAAACUACCGCGACACGGCCUUCUUGAGGGGAGAAUAUCCCGCGAAGACCAAGGAAGAUGUUAUUCCUGUAUCCGACGGUGCUGGCGAGAUCAUUGCGGUUGGCAAAGACGUUACACGCGUUAAGCAAGGCGACCGCGUUGCAGUCUCUUGUUCUGCGGAUUGGAUCGGCGGUCCCUUCCACGAGGACUACACGUCCAGCAGCGUCGGUUUCAGAAUAGACGGGAUGUUGGCUGAAUACGUGCUAUUCAACGACAGCGCUGUCGUCCCUAUCCCUGAUUACAUUUCCUACGUCGAGGCUGCCUCGCUCCCUUGCGCAGCCGUUACUGCCUGGACAGCGCUUAACAAGAUUGAGCCCCUCCAACCUGGCCAGACCGUGCUCAUUCAAGGGACUGGCGGAGUCUCGCUUUUCGCACUGCAGUUUGCGAAGAUCUUCGGCGCUCGUGUCCUGGCGAUCACCUCGUCGGAUGAAAAGGCCGCCACACUCAAGGAGCUGGGAGCCGAGUCCGUGGUGAAUUAUAGCUCCUGCCUCGACUGGGACCGCGAAAUUCUUGCUCUGACCAAUGGAAAGGGGGUUGACAGGGUGCUUGAUAUUGCUGGGGAGAAGACUAUUGUGAAGUCUGCAGCAUCGACAAAGAAAACGGGUGUGAUCGUCCUGAUCGGAUUUGCAAGCGGCUUCGGCGGGGGUCUUCCCCCAAUUGACAUCCUUGCUCGAAGUCUUACAGUGACGGGAUCGCAGAUUGGUUCACGAAUGGACUUUGAAGCGAUGCUUCAGGCGAUGGACACGCACAAAGUUAGGCCUGUUAUUGAUCAGGUCUAUCCCUUCGCCGAGUAUCGCGAGGCAUACCGGAGGCUUGAAGGUGGACAACACGUUGGAAAAGUCGUUAUCCAAGUGGCGGAGUAG